UCUGAGCAGAACAGCGGUGACUUCAAAACUACAUUUGCUUGUCCAAGACGAUUGCACUGCUUUGACUUGAGGUUUUAACCAACAUUAAUCACUCUUGACAGUUUUUUUUUUUUUUUUUCAAUUUACCACAGAAGGAUCUUAUAGAGUUGGACUUGUUUCGCUCAAAAUAAAGUUCUCUCCAUGACAGUCCGGUCCUUUGCGCGCGGCACUUCUUGGAGAUAAAAGGGGACACGAAAGGAAGAUGGCCAUUCACGCGGAGGGUCUCGUGGCUAUCGUGAUCUUCUAUGUUCUGAUUCUGUUCGUGGGGAUAUGGGCCGCGUGGAAAAACAAGAACUCAGGGGUUUCCGACGGCACUGACCGGAGCGAGAGCAUCAUGGUCGGAGGAAGGGACAUCGGACUGUUUGUGGGCGGAUUCACAAUGACCGCCACAUGGGUUGGUGGAGGCUACAUCAACGGGACAGCAGAAUAUGUCUACCUGCCGGACUUCGGCCUGGCCUGGGCGCAGGCGCCCUUUGGGUACGCCCUCAGCCUUGUCCUAGGUGGCCUUUUCUUUGCCAAGCCUAUGCGUUCACGUGGUUACGUCACCAUGCUGGAUCCCUUUCAGCAGCUGUAUGGGAAGAGGAUGGGAGGCCUGCUCUUCAUCCCAGCACUCAUGGGGGAAAUUUUCUGGUCUGCAGCCAUUUUGUCUGCGCUGGGUGCCACUCUGAGCGUGAUCGUGGACAUAAAUAUCAACAUCUCAGUGGUGAUCUCAGCCCUCAUAGCGAUCUUCUACACCCUCGUUGGAGGUCUCUACUCUGUGGCUUAUACAGAUGUGGUUCAACUCUUCUGUAUCUUUGUGGGCUUGUGGAUCAGUGUGCCUUUUGCCCUGUCGAAUCCUGCCGUGUCAGACAUCGGUGUUUCUGCCAAAGAGGCAAUCUACCAAUCACCCUGGCUGGGGAAGAUCGAGCCUGAGGACAGAUGGCUUUGGGCCGACAACUUCUGUUUGCUGAUGUUGGGGGGGAUUCCCUGGCAGGUCUAUUUUCAACGGGUUCUUUCUGCCUCUUCAGCUACCUACGCACAGGUCCUUUCCUUCCUCGCUGCCUUUGGCUGUUUGGUCAUGGCCGUCCCAUCGGUCCUCAUCGGAGCUAUAGGGGCCUCAACUGAUUGGAACCAGACCUCGUAUGGGUCCAUUCCUCCCAAGGCCAAGGAUGAAUCAGACAUGAUCCUUCCCAUCGUGCUUCAGCACCUGUGCCCACCCUACAUCUCCUUCUUUGGUCUGGGGGCAGUGUCUGCAGCUGUCAUGUCAUCAGCAGACUCAUCCAUUCUCUCAGCCAGCUCCAUGUUUGCCAGGAACAUCUAUCAGCUCGCCUUUCGGCAGUUGGCAUCGGAUCGUGAGAUCGUUUGGGUGAUGCGCAUUACCAUCUUUAUAUUCGGAGCACUCGCCACCGCCAUGGCAUUGUUGACCGGGUCCGUGUACGGACUGUGGUACUUGAGCUCUGACCUGGUCUAUGUCAUCAUCUUCCCUCAGCUCCUCAGCGUGCUCUUCGUAAAGGGCACUAACACAUACGGCUCUGUGGCUGGCUAUAUAUUUGGGCUUUUGCUACGCAUUGGUGGAGGGGAGCCCUACCUCAAGCUCCCUCCCUUCAUCUACUACCCUGGCUGGGUGGUCCAGGAGAAGGUCCACUACCUAACUGGGGUUGUAGAGUAUUUUGUGCAGCAGCGGUUCCCCUUCAAAUCUGUGUCCAUGGUGGCAUCCUUCCUGGCAAACGUUGUCUUUUCUUACCUCACAAAGUAUCUAUUUGAAAGCGGUAUGUUGUCACACAAAUACGACUUUCUGGAUGCCGUGAUGUCCAAAUAUAGCAAGGAAAUCAUGGACAAGACGACGCUGGUGAGCAAUCACGACAACAUCAUUCUGUCAGAGAUGGCGCCUGUUAGACAGGCUCUGGGCGCCUCUCUCACCGGAACCUUCACCAACACUGAGGCGCUCAGUGACGAUGGGGCAUCUAGUCCAGAGGAGUUUCACAACGAAAACUCGUAAACAAAGGCACAAAGAAAAGCAGAACCAAGGGAUUUAAAGAAGGAGUUGUCAAAGAGACAUCAGCAUCCUUCGGGAAACCUGCUACUGCCGCACUGUUUGCCAAAUCGACAGAAAAUCUGCUGUUGCUUCCCAGUGAUACCACACAUCAGUUUUAUGUUGACAACAUGGUGCCUCCUUCUUCUUCCAUUUUCAGUAAGCUGAUUCAACUACAUCAUAUCUGUUUUUGCAUAGAUUUUAAAAGGGGUCAUAUUGUGCAAUCUUGGUUUUACCUACCAUUUAAAGUUAAAUAAUGGAUCUUAAAGCUACAGUGUGUAUGAUUUAGCAGCGUUUAUUACCAUAAACAGAAUAUUGGAAUAUUGGAAUAUUGAAAAUGGAACAUUCAUAACCAUCUGUUCAUUAGUGU